UGCAUGUAGCCGGAGCAUCAGCUGGAGGAACGAGCCCGGCACCGACCCAACUUGUCCGAACGGAUUCUACAUUCUGCAUCGGGGUGACCAAGCAGCCAUGGCUGAACACAUGAUGAUGCCCAUGACCCACGGCUUCAGGAUGGGCAUGACCGGACCUCCACAGCACAACGGGCAGCCCGGCCUGCGCAGUCUGCCCAACGGCCAGGUGAUGCACUAUGGCAGGAACCCUCAGAACAACAUGGAGGCUGCCAUGAGACAGAGGCAGGGCAUGGUGGGACCUGGUGGCAUGGGUGGCCCUGUGAACGGAGCUCCCAUGGCCAAUCACCACCACCAAAUGAUGUCUGGAAACAUGAUGUACAACGGUCAGGGCCCGCAGCAGCAGCACCACCACAUGCACCCUCAGCAGCAGCAGCAGCAGCAGGGUGGUCAUCCGCAGCAGUACCAUCCUGGUAACCUCACCUCCCAGCAGCUCAUGGCCAGCAUGCACCUGCAGAAACUCAACACUCAGUACCAUGGACACCCGCUGGGCUCAGCCAACGGCCACCAUCUACCCAACGGCGCUCAGUACCGAGUAGGCCCGGCCCAGCUUUCGAGCAUGCAGCACAUUGGUGGUCCUUUGGGACUAAACGGCAUGGACAUGGAUCUGAUUGAUGAGGAGGUUCUUACUUCACUGGUGCUGGAGUUUGGUUUGGAUCGUGUUCAGGAGCUGCCCGAGCUCUUCCUGGGACAGAACGAGUUUGACUUCAUAUCGGACUUUGUGUGCAAACAGCAACCGAGCACGGUGAGCUGUUGAGCGAAGCAACCAGAAGCUGGUUUGGUUUGUUUGGACUGGACACCCCAAAGAGUGACUGAGCGGCCACAGUAGCACAGCGAGAGGAGACAAUCUCUCUGUUCUGUUUGGGUGUUUCUGUGUCUGUGUAUAUGACAGUGUCUAGUACGCGUUCACACUGACCUGCCUGUGAGUUGAUGAAGAAUUGUAAUGAGCAAAAACGCAGAAAAAGCACCAGGUUUCUCGUCUUUGAGUUGGUGCCAGUAAGAUCUGUCGCCUUUGGCCAAAUUGAGGCAUCCUGAUGCAGCGGGCUCUGUCUGUACCCAUCUGGCCCACAGCACAUGUGCCUACAGUGCCAAGGCUUUUGGAUAAUUGUAAAUUUAACAAACACAAUGGGGGAAGGCAACCUGAAAAGACUGUCCAUCUGCGUCUGCUAGAUUCUGUGGCAUCUCUAAAUGUAUUUUAUCUCCGAUGACACCUUCAACUAGUAGCAGGCAUCUUACAAAUUUCUAAAACCUAGUCCUCUGAAUUUGUUUAUACAAGGAUGAAGGGAUUUGGGGAGCAGAGAAUGUUUUUUGUGCUUAUUGAAGGCUGGCUCUUCAAAAAUUGACUUCCUACUAAAGUUGACAUUUGCUUGAAGAGCAGGAGGUUGUGCAGCAUUCCUGGCUGACAUGAUGGGCUUAUCUUAGACUGUUUAGGUGAAAGGUGCCACUUCGAUUAUUUAGCUUUCAGUGUCAUUUACCCGACUGAUAAAAUCUGCUAUCACUAAAUGUAUCACAUCUGAUUCCUUCUAAUUAACUGAGACUGAAUCACUGGCAAAGUAGCACAGAGCUUUUAUCUACAGUCUCACUAUUCCAUGUCAGACAUUCAUGUGAUCAUUGCAAACAAAUCCUGGGUUACUGCUUAGUAGAAGUGCAAGAAUAGUUAGAAAGGGGGUCAAGAAAGAGCAUAAAGGCGGCUUGUUGCAAGACUGAAGACAAGCCAAAAAAAAAAAAGGCAGCCAUGAGACGCUGGUCACAGAACGAAGGUGUGACUUUUCUUUUUUCUUUUUCUAGAUCAGAGUUGUUUAAAAAAGAAAACAGUGUGUGAUUGCCGACUUUGCAUCUGUGUUAUUUGUGUAUGUCUGUGCAGUGAGGCAUUUAAAUCCCAUCGAAUGGCAUCCUCCUACCUAAAACCAUGGCCCCGGUAUGCUGAAGCUGGCAGAAGGCUGUGUGGGGAGAUAGACUUUGGCGUGUGGACACAAUGUGUGGACACAGCACUCCCUGGCAGCACUUAGUUUAAUCAUUAUUUAAAGCUGCCACUACCUGUGGCAUUGAUUUCAUUAGGCUCGAAAAGCGAGCGAGCAGCAAAGUUGUUGUUUUCGCCAUAGAUUAGCUUACUCUGCUGCUUUUCUACUGAUUAGAUUUAAAUUACAUGUUCUCACACGCUUGUCUUAAUUGAGGUCGGCUUGCACAUUCUCCAGUGACUCAAUAAUUAUAAAACGGACAUGUUCUGUGACGCUUGUUUUCUUUUCUUUUUUUUCUUUCUUUCUUUCUUUUUUUUUUUUUAGCUCAGUUGGUAAUUAGAUUUUUGUCAAGGUUGCUGCUUUGCCGCUGCAGGCUGGCUGAGUGAGAAGUUCCUGCACUUGUAUUGCUAUUUGUGGAGCUGUCAGAGGGGUCAGGGCCAUGCUGGUGCACUGUGUUAAUCUGUUCCAAUACAACUGUGCUGCUGUCCUUGUCUUUCUCUGGAGAUCUGCCAUCUCCACGCUCUCCAGUCAAACAAUGGGCAUUGAAACGCUGUUGUAAAGGCAGAAAAAGUGCCAGCGCAAGUUCCUGCUCUGUUGCACUUUCUGCCUGGCAAAACUGCAGCCAGACAAACUCACAACCUCACAGUUCAAAUGAAAAAACAAACUUCUGGCCUUAGUGAGACAGUGGCCUCUGAUUAUGCUAUAUCAAUAAGCGCAGCCUUCUUGUGUAUCGUAUCUUUGUACUGUAGACUAGAGGUGAAGUUGAUCUAGACACAUUUAAGGUACUUUUGAAAAAACAUUGUCAGAUUUAAAUGUAAAUCGGUGACUGAUUUUGAUGUGUUGACAAGAGAUUAUAUCCUACAUUUUUACAAACAAGUGUGUAGAUACAGUAUACUGAUGUUUUUGGGUGCAGGGCCUGAAGCUUUAAGACCAAGUAGACUGCAUGUUAAAGCAAGCGUGAGGGAUGCCACCACUUUCCCACAAAGCAGCUGAGAAUGUACAGUACAACACUUUGUGGGAACUUGUCUUACGAUGGUAGAUAAACGUGUGAGAUUGUACUCCUUGUUCCAAAUUACACAUCAUUCAUUUGGGUAACCCCACCCUCCCCACCCACCCUCCUCCUCCCUUCUUACGUCCCCCAAAGCUUUUGUAAUGUUAUUGAUUCUAUUUUAAGAAAAUGUAUUUAUUUUCAAAUAAAAUAUUUAUUUAAAGA